GCCCCGAAGAGUAAUGUGUGGGCUGAGAUCACAGAAAGUGAAGCGUCAGCCGUCAACGACUUCAUCCACGACCGAUUCGCUCAUCUGAACCUCACCAAGCGGCCCAAAAGCGCCCAGGACAAUUUCGUCUUCGUCGUCGAAACCCUCAAGCCAAACAAGACUGAUGCUGUAGCGUACUUGUAUGACGACGGGCCGGCAGCGCCUGAGAGGUGGGCUAAAGUAGCCAUCUCUCAGAACCUUGACGAUGGCCCGUACAUGGUGUACUAUAUGGUCGGACCACUUCCGAUAAAUGAAGAUAGCCAGAUUCUACCAUUAGAGUACGUCUUCAACUCUGGUCGCAACUAUGUGCGUAAUCCGAUCCAGAACUUCGCGGCCAUCCAAGACUUCACGAUGGCUAUGGCGGAAAAUGUGUCGGACAUUACCCAGGAGCUCCUCGGCGCCACUGUCAAUCGAGAUGAUCCGCAAGAUCCUCAUGGGCUUAUGGCUUUCCCAAGAGGGUCGCGUGUGGAUACCGGUGGCCUGGUUCUGUGGAUGCAGUUCUACCGACCAGGUAUGGGCUCUGGAGCUCGCACUAUUCUGCCACAGGGCAUUUAUGCCAAGGUGGACGCGAGGAGUACUGUCAUCGACGACUGGACAGUUGGUGAAUGGUACUACAAUGGCGUUCUCUACGCAAACGAGAGCGAGUUCCGUGCAGCGCUUGAAGAGCCUGAUUUCCAGAGAACGCCGCCUAAUAUCGACGGCUCAUGGACAGACACCGAAGACUUUGGCGACUACCCUGACCGUGACCUUCCGCCUCCCGUCUCGGUACAGCCCUACGGUCCGCGCUACAAGCUUGACCGGGAGGAGAACUACGUCUCCUGGUUUGGGUUCGAGUUUUACCUAACGACUGCACAAGCCACCGGAGUAAGCCUCUUUGACAUCCGUUUCAAUGGACAACGAGUGAUGUACGAGCUGGGCUUGCAAGAAGCUAUGGCUCAUUAUGCUGGCGACGAUCCAAUGCAAGGCGGCUUGGAAUUCCUCGACUCGUUCUUCGGCAUGGGCAAGAACGCUUUCGAGCUGGUGCCCGGUUACGACUGUCCUGCAUAUGCUGACUACAUCGACAACGAGUAUCAUCAGGCGUACAAGACGCAUCACAUCCCCAACAGUGUCUGCAUCUUCGAAUUCACGGCUGACUACCUGCUCUCCCGGCAUACAGCGCAGUACUCCGUCACCGCUUCUCGCAAUACGUUCCUGGUUGUAAGAUGGGUUUCCACGGUCGGCAAUUACGACUACACGAUUGAAUACAAUCUGUUCAUGGAUGGCACCAUUGAGACCAAAGUUCGCGCAUCUGGCUUCAUCUUCGGAGCCUUCUACACUGCGAACAACACCAAGAGCGAGGACGAGUAUGGCCACCGCAUUCACGAUGCUCUGUCCAGCAGUAUGCACGAUCAUGUCAUCAACUUCAAGGCCGAUCUCGAUGUCGCAGGCGCUACGAAUGACAUGGUCCGUCUUGCACUGCAGCCGAUGACGAGGAAGUACGAGUGGGACCAGCCAGAGCAGCCGGUACGCAACACCAUGCAUUUGGUAGAGUAUCCCGUAUGGGAGGAAGCAGGCAUCGACUGGCCAAAGAACUCUGGCGAGUUCUACAUCGUCUACAGCUCGGAAAGAAAUGCUUGGGGCGAGCGCAAAGGCUACAGAAUUACAUCUGGUACAGGCAUGGGCUCUACGCCACAUCUCACAAUCCUCAACUCCACCACCCUAGGUGAUAGCGCACGAUGGGCGGAGCAUGACUUAUGGGUGCUCCAGCGUAAGGACACCGAGCCGAGAUCUGCCGACCCUCUCAACUACUUCGCUCCGCACGAUCCCCUUAUUGACUUUACGAAGAUGGCGGAUCACGAGAGUCUUGAGCAUGGCGCUUCCGAUACGGACUAUGAUGGUGACUUGGUGAUCUACUUCAACGUUGGAGCGCACCACGUCCCGCACAGCGGUGACAUUCCGAACACGCUCAUGCAUACUAGCUCGAGCAGUGUCAUGUUCGUCCCGCACAACUUCGCUGAUCGCGACCCGAGCAGAAAGAGCGUGCAAGGCGUACGCUUGCAAUUGAAGGGUAAG